AUGGCGAGCUGCGGAGCCGCUUGUAACCUGGAUGAAGGCGAUGGAGACAUCCCUGCCCCUGACCAGAAGGACAAUGCAGGGACAUCUACAGAGGAGAGUUCUGAAGAAGAGGAUGAUGAAGAGGAGGAGGAUUCUGACGGCUUUGCUGAGAAAGAAGGAGUAGAAUCCGAGGAGCCUGACGUUGAGGGUUCCUGUAAUGAGUCAGAGUCGGCUCCUCAACCUGAUGCAGAGGUUUCCCUUGCUAAAGAUGUGCCCCUCAAGCCAUGCUGUGAAAAAUGCAAGGCUGUCCAGCAGAGUCAAGGCAAUGAACUGGUUACUCCCAGGAGGAUCUCUAAAGGACGCCUACAGGUGCAGCUGGAGGGAGAGGGGACAUAUGAGUGCUCCGUCACCGGCCUGGUGUUUGAGGUGUCAGAGAGAGUCCUGAUCCGCUACUCGGUCUUGUCCUGGUCCAAGUUUGGCAUGUUCCUCAGGGACUCCUGGAGGUUCGCUGGGCCCAUCUUCAACGUGGACUGUGUCAACAGCCCCUCAUCCAUCCUCACCUCCAUCCAGUUCCCUCACUUCCUCUGCCUCGCUGACCCCGACAGUGAAAUGACCUUUAGUGUCCUGCAUAUGAAGGACAGCUGUCCGAUGAUCGAGCCCUCGGUAGACCACUCUGGCAGCCAUGUAAAGUGGCGUGUAUCGUCCCUGUCCCCGGUGGGGCCCAUUGUCCAGAGCAGCAAGCCUGUAGAGCACCACGGGGUGGUCCUGGUGUAUAAGGAACUGGCUCUGAACAACUCCUACUCCUUUCGCAUCUACCUGGCCACCAACAACUCCUCCGACAUUAAGGACAUAUGGAAGGAGGUGCGUUGCGCCAACAAGCGUUACCUGAAGGUAGAGAAGCCACCCACCUGUAAGUUGGAUGAGAGGAGGUACCGCCUCAUGAGUGAACCAGAGGGAGACAUCAGCCCCGCGGACUUGCCGUUCACGCUGGCCGUGACUAAAUUGAAGGGAUAUUUUGAGGUGUUCUUUGAGCAGCCCCCUCCUUUCAAGGUCUCCCUCGUAGAGACAGAGUCCGACAAGACUGUGUGGUCAGCCACCAUCAGAGAAGGUGACUGUGUGGACAAUACAGUUGAAAAGCCAAGGAAACUGACAAAUAACAGGAAGAGAAGCACCAGCACAUCAGAGGAAGAGUUGCCCAAAAAGAGACGCCGAUGCGCAGAUGAGUCAGACGGAGUGCGGACAGUGCAGGUCCCAGACGUGUCGUCCAAGCAGCUGAUGCAGGUGGCUAAGAUGCAGGGGAAGGAGUGGAAGCAGGUGGCUAUCGGUUGCCUGGACCUGUCCUCCAAAGAUCUGGACGAUAUACAGGCCAGUGAGAAGGAUGUCGACAUGCAGAGGUUUAAGGCGUUGGAGCGCUGGAAGACUGGCAGGCCAAAUGGUCAAGCCACGGUCACUCACCUCUUGAUGAGCCUACAGGAGCUGGAUGACCUGCCCAACAAGGUCCUCAAGACACUGCAAGAUAUGAUAGACAAUAAAGCGGCCGAAUGAGAUAUAUUUUGCCUCCCAAGGUCCCUGCCAUUCCGCAGCCCUAUCGUCAAUGAGCCAGAGAGACAAUGGGAGAGAGACGUUUGAACUCUUGCCUUGAAUACAGAAAUCCCUCUGCUUCUGCUGUAUUGCAGGGGUACUCUUACCCUACGAGGUCCGGAGCCUGCUGGUUUUCUGUUCUACCGGAUAAUUAAUAUACCUGGUGUCCCAGGUUUAAAUCAGUCCCUGAUUUGAAGGGAACAAUGAAAAAAUGCAGUGGAACUGGCUUCGAGGUCCAGAGUGGAGUUUGAGGGCUGUAUGGAGUAGGAUGAACGUUCCCGCUACUCCAGGGAUGGGAAACUCCAAUCCUCAGGGGCCGGAGUGAUGUCACAUUUCUUCCCCAUCACUAGCUAACGCAGCUGAUUUAAACUAAUUGCAUUCUAAACUGAAGAUCAUAAUUAGUUGAUUAUUGGAGUCAGGUGUGUUAGCUGGGGCUGGGGCAAAAGUGUGACACCAAUCCAGCCCUGACUCACUGGACUGGAGCUGCCUGCCCUUGCUCUAGAGGCUGAUCUAAGGUCAGCUUUGCAUACCUCCUUCAUAAAUUGAGGAUGGUACACUGAUCCUAGAUCAGAAGCAUUAUGUGUCCCCUGCCAUUGUCUAGGCAGGGCAGGGCCGGCACACCAACCUAGCACUGUCAGCCCCUUCCAGCCCAAGAGAAUUGGGAUUCAAUUGCCUUACAAUGAUAUGUUUGAUUUCUGCAGGCCUGGAUACUAGAGCUGGAGAACGUUGUGCCCUGCCUAGUAGUGAUGUUUAGUAGUGGGAAACCCUGGCUUUUCACCCCUCAUGUUCUCUCAGGAUUUCAACAGGAGUUCAACAAAGGCAUAGAAAGAGAAUUACACCACAACCUUUAAUCUUGAAUGGUUAUGUUCUUAGACAUACACAAAUGGUCCAUUAACCUGGAAUAAUGCAGGCGUUAUGUAGAGGUACCCCAAACAGCCAGGAGCUGAUGCUGCGACCUGUGGUGCAGUGAAGACCUCUUAUGUAAUAGAUGAGCUCUGGGAAAUAGGUAGCUAAUAUGUAGCCAGUAACAGACAUGGUGCUGCAGUAUGGAAACUGCUAACACACUUACAGGGCUGUUGUCUCAAACAUUGUACAUUUACAUUACAUUUAAGUCAUUUAGCAGACGCUCUUAUCCAGAGCGACUUACAAAUUGGUGCAUUCACCUUAUGACAUCCAGUGGAACAGUAGUGCAUCUAAAUCUUUUAAGGGGGGGGGGGGG